AUAAAACGCAGAAGCUUCUGACAGCACCUCAGUCCACCUGUCUCCUGAGUGAUCUGCUGCAGUGCCUGAAUCAGCUUUAUUCAGCUUCUACAGAGAUGUCCUGCCAGCAGAGCCAGCAGCAGUGCCAGCCUCCUCCCAAAUGUACCCCUAAAUGCCCUCCGAAGUGUACUCCUAAGUGUCCUCCCAAGUGUCCCCAAAAAUGCCCUCCCCAGUGUUCAGCCCCAUGCCCACCUCCAGUCUCUUCCUGCUGUGGUUCCAGCUCUGGGGGCUGCUGUAGCUCUGGGGGUGGUGGCUGCUGCCUGAGCCACCACAGGCCCCGCCGGUCCCUCCGACGCCGACCUCAGAGCUCCAGCUGCUGUGGCAGUGGCAGUGGCCAGCAGUCUGGGGGCUCCAGCUGCUGCCACAGCUCCGGGGGCUCCGGCUGCUGCCACAGCUCUGGGGGCUGCUGCUGACCUGGGCUAUGAGGAGCACAGAGGAGAAGCACUGGCAGAGCCCAGGUGCUGAAGAUCUGUGUCAGCCUGAGGCUUCUUUUCUCUCAUUUCCCAUGGAAGUACUUCGGAAAUGCCUUAAGUUCCCCUCUUUAUCCUGCCCGUGUUCACUCCAUUGUAGGGUUGAGGUCUAGCCUGUGAUAUUUUCUGGCCUGGCUUUCCCUCUCAGACAUAGCUCUUUGGAGAAGUAGGUGUUGUAAUUCAGUUAUGAAGCUAUUUUCUC